AUGCAAUUAUUGGCGGGUUGGCCGUGUAUGCACAUGGUUAUAAAUGAACAACUCAUGAUUGUAAGAUUUUGUUAUUUAGAGCUGAUUAUGAAAAAUUUAUGGCAAAACUUGCGAAUCUUGGUCUCAAACCAAAAUUCCAGAGUGCAAGAAAAAAAGUUUAUUUUUACAAGUACAGAAAUAUCUGUUGAUGUUAGUAUAGAAGGAGAAUAUCCAGCUGAUGGUUCAAUUGGACCAAUUUCGUUUCCGAAUCCGAAAGUUUGUCAAGAAAAUAUUGAUGAUAUGCAGGCAAUUUCAUUACCAAAAUUAAUCGAUUUAAAAUUAACAUUGCACAAACGUUUGCCUACUGCUCGUAUAAAAGACUAG